GCCAAGCGGUCAGACGGCCAGACCACGGAGGAGGACGAGAGGAGAAAGCGUCAAGCUAAAUGUUGCCAGUCAAGACUAGUAAGAGCUGUUAGUUGGGUCUCGUACGCAGUACUCUGGCAACAGGAACACUGUUAAGUAAGGGUGAGCUCCUUACAUGUGUUGUGAGGUUAACACAGCUAUGACAUGCAGUGCAACUUAGCAGGUAUUUUAAAACACAACUAAAGGAGUGAGGAGAGCAGUCAACGCUUAGAAUAAACAGGCAUGACUACACAGCCACCAACACACCCCGGCCAGUCAUUGGUGGCGGCGGCCAGGUUCGUAUGAGCGCUCAGUCCACCACUAACAGCGGGGACAACAGCAAGCAUAGCGAGACCAGCAACAGCCAGGAAGAGAACAGACUUCAACAGUAAGACAACGACGAGAUAAACACCUUACACAGUACCAGGGAGAGGAUGGUCAAAGUGUCAGCAAGAACAGCAGGUACAAGGAAAAAGGCAGAUUUAGCAGCAUAAAGAAUAAACAUUAAGGAUAGCAAGAAUAGUAAAAGAGACGUAAGUAGAGCAUUAACCUCAGAAGCUGUCAAGAGCAGCAGCACCAGUACCAGCAGGCACAGCUGAGGUAAUAAGACAAAAACAUUACUAAGAAAAGUAGGCAUAGCAACGGUAGUAGCAACAGAGACAGCAAUAUGGCGGAGAUGGAGAAGUCGGUCACACAGCUGGUGGAAGAAGUGGAGGAGUGGAAGAAGCCAUCCCAUGCCACCCAGUACUUUGCUGCUUUCUCGGCAUCAAUGAGUGCCAUGGCUGUAGGCGCAGCCAUCGGUUACUCCUCCCCUGCCUCUGCUGCACUUCGUUACACAAACUCCUCUGACGAAAAUUCCGAUGCUUUCUACCUGACCAAGGGGGAAUUAGGUUGGUUCUCUGGGUCCCUCAGCAUCGGGGCGCUCACGGGUUGCAUGCUAGCCGGAUUAUGCAUCAACAACAUAGGCAGGAAAGGCACUAUGCUGGUGUCUGUCGUGCCUCUCUUGAUUGGCUGGAUCCUGAUAGGUUUAGCUCAAAACCUAGCCAUGUUGAUUUGUGGACGCAUCUUGUGUGGAGUGUGUACAGGCAUCAGUUCCCUCGUCGUGCCCACCUACACCACCGAGUGUGCAUCUAAGGACAUCAGAGGAGCCUUGGGAACGGGUUUCCAGUUGUUCAUUACGGUGGGCAUUUUGUACGCUUACCUGUUUGGUUCAGUGAUGGAGUCAUGGCGGUGGCUGACAGCGGUGUGUGCUGUCCUGGGUCUGGUGUUCCUUAUGCUGGCUGUCUUCCUCAAGGAGUCGCCUCACUACCUCCUCUCUAAGGGCAAGGAAGCACAGGCCAGGCAGUCUAUGCAGUACUUUCGAGGUAAGUCCUACGACAUCGAGCUGGAGAUGGCGGAGUUGAAGCAGUCCCUAGAGGAGUCGUUGCAGGUGAAGGUGAAGAUGAGUGACUUGACGAAACCUUACAUCUUGAAGCCGCUGAUAAUCACUAUGCUCCUGAUGGUGUUCCAGCAGAUGGCCGGCGUCAACGCUGUCAUCUACAACAUUGUCAUCAUUUUUCAGGACUCCGGCAAUACGUUAUCCGACGACAUGUGCACCAUUGUCGUAGGUGUCGUGCAGGUCCUGGCCACCGCCUCCUCCACCAUCCUCAUCGACCGUGCCGGGAGGAAGGUGCUCCUCUCCCUCUCUGCUUGCUUCAUGUCAAUUUCCAUAUUCUGUCUGGGUGUGUUCUUCUACGAGAAAAAUAAGGACGAGACGUGGGCGGAAGAUACUCUGGGUUGGCUACCGCUCACCUCCCUAAUAGUAUUCAUCACUGCCUUCUCCAUUGGUUAUGGACCCAUCCCCUGGAUCAUGAUGGGUGAGCUGUUCUAUCCUAACGUGAAGGAGGCGGUGGGUAGCAUGGCUACCACGCUCAACUGGACUUUUGUCUUCAUCAUCACUUUCACCUUUGAGCCUUUACAGGAUGCGAUCUACACCUAUGGUGCUUAUUGGUUCUUUGGGAGCAUUUGUGCCGUCAACUUUAUCUUCUGUUUGCUGUGUGUGCCUGAGACUAAGGGGAAGACUUUACAGGAGACGACUGCCCAUUUCGGUCAUCCACCUUCCUAGGAAUACUGUGACGGUUAUGCUAUGACAUAAUUAACUCUACAGGUUUUCCUUGUAAUAACACAACAUAGUUUUUGUUUUUUGCUGGACACAAGAUUUCACUUACAAUACUUGAAAUAAAAAGUUUCAUACAAGUGAUGAGUGAACACUAUCUGGUAAUCCAUGAACAAGUGUAUAGUAUAUAUUUUUUUAUAAUGUAGUUCCGUAAUAAUUUACAUUAUACAUAACUUCACAAAACUCAGAUAAAAAAGAAUAACUCUUGCA